AUGCAUCAGUUUCAUGCUCACGCUCAAUUCGUCGGAUUAAUAAUUAUCGGAACCAAGUCAGAUUUCAAGGGCAUGGCAAGGUAUGGAAACACGUUCGACACCACAGUGGAGAGAAGUAUUGUGCAUGUCCGUUUUGCGGUCGAUUCUUCUCGCGUCCUGAUAAACUUUAUGAACAUCUUCGCAAACGGGCACCAAUACCUGCGGGUAGUGAAAAUCAGCACGCUUUGUCUCCUCUGUCAGCGUCGUUUCGGUGAUGAACGCUCAUUGGUGAAUCACGUACGGCGCCACAUCAAUGGCCGUCAAUGUCCUACAUGUGGAUUGGCUGUUCAGCUUCCUUCUGAUUUGCACAAGGGUACUCUCACGCAUAUAUUGGUGAAGCACACUGAAAGAAUAAAGACUCUGACUUGUCCGGAAUGCGAGAAGAGCUUCUAUUGCCCAACAGAUCUGAUCAGGCAUAGUGCUGUUCACGCUCCACCAAAAGAACUAUGUACGACAGCAUUGAAGCAGCCGUAUCUUUGUCAUAUAUGUGACUCUACUUACGCUACUGGGCAUGGACUCACUCGUCAUCUCUCGCGAAAGCAUGAAUGUCCCAUUCCUGAAGGAUUCAGCCGGUUCUCAUACAAAAAAUGUGCAGACGGCUGUUAUCGGCUGCAGACUCGUAAACUGGAAUGGGCUUCUCGACAUGCUGAAAUGACCAAAUUAGGAUUGGGUGGUGAUUAUGAAUGGAUAAGUGCUGUACAGAAGAAAUUCAUCGGAGGCGGUUUAGCA